CGACGUGAUUUUCUAUUGGAGUUUUGGUGUAUCGCCUUUAAUUAUAACAUGAGUACAUUGAAGACAAACAACAAUGGAGGCUUGUAACGCUGUUGAGCGCGAAGUUGACAAAGUUCUAUUAAAAUUUGGUGCUAUUAACGAACAUGCAGAUAAUGUUUUACGUGAUUUAAUAAAUCAUAUCGAAUCGUUAAAAAAGGAAUUAGAAGAAGCACCAUCUGAUCAUGAACUGACACCUGGUCAAGUGCAGGUAUUGAAACAAGCAAUGACAAAGGUUCGUGAUACUGUACAACGUUUGGCAACCGAUCAUCGAGAUUUACAUAGUACAGUAUCUAAAGUGGGCAAAGCUAUUGACAGAAAUUUUAUUGCCGAUUUUGCAAGUACAAGUCGAGAAGAUGUAUUUUCUGGUCCAGAAAAAUCUCAUCUUCUUAAUCAAGUUAUCUGUCAACACUUCUAUCGUCAAGGAAUGCUGGAUAUUGCAGACGAAUUGGCAACAGAAGCAGGAAUUAAAACCGACGAAGGCAGGAAAGAACCGUUCACAGAAUUAAAUUAUAUACUUGAUUGUUUGAAGCAAAGAAAUUUAGAACCUGCACUUGAGUGGGCUAAGAAACACAGAGAAGCUCUUUUGGCACAAAAUUCAUCUCUUGAAUUUAAGUUACAUAGAUUACAUUUUAUAAGGCUUGUACAACAAGGACCUAGUAAACAAACAGAGGCAAUAAUGUAUGCUCGUCAGAAUCUUACACAGUUUGUUGGACGUCAUGAAAAAGAAGUACAAGCUUUAAUGGGAACAUUACUUUAUUUACCUAAUGGAAUACAAUCAUCCCCAUAUAGUCAUUUGUUAGAUCCAACAUUAUGGCUUGAUAUUCAUGAUGUUUUUACAAAAGAAGCAUGUACAUUGUUAGGAUUAAGCGUUGACAGUCCACUCUCGGUUUGUAUCAAUGCUGGAUGUACAGCACUUCCUGCUCUUCUCAAUAUUAAACAGGUUAUGCAACAGAGACAAGUAACAGGUAUAUGGAGUGGAAAGGAUGAACUUCCGAUCGAAAUAGAUUUGGGUAAACAAAGUCGCUAUCAUUCGGUUUUCGCAUGUCCGAUCCUUCGACAACAAAGUACAGAAAAUAAUCCGCCAAUGAAAUUAGUUUGCGGUCACGUAAUAUCAAGGGAUGCAUUAAAUAAGCUCACCAAUGCAAACAAACUGAAAUGCCCAUACUGUCCUGUGGAACAAAAUCCAGAAGAUGCUAGACUUAUAUAUUUCUAGAUUACUGUGAUAUAUAAAUAUAGAGACAAAUGUAUUGUUAAAUUAUAUAUAUAUAGUUUCGCAAUUUUUUUUUUUUUUUUUUUUUUUUUUUUUUUUUUUUUUUUUUUUUUUCGUUAUUUAGGUUCAAGGAAUAGGACAAGGUAUCACGAUUAAGAGAAAAGUAACGUAAUUCUUUAUUUUGAUUUAAUGGAAUUCGUGCUUUUUUUGUAAGACGAAUGAGCCAAUUCAAUUUUCAUUUAUGGAGUUAAAAGAAAAAAAGAAAAAAAAAA